GCGAUUUUAUGACUAAUUUAUUUCUUCUGUACCGCAGAACUGUUCGCCAAGUACACCUGCACAAACUGCCAGGAAGAUAUUCCCGGAAUCCGUGUUCACUGCGUCGUUUGUGCCGAUUUUGAGUUGUGCCUAGCGUGCUUCGCGGCCGGAGCCGAGAUCGGCCAGCAUCGAAAUGAUCACUCGUAUCAGUUCAUGGACUCGGGCAUAUUGUCGAUCUAUCGCGGCAAGGGAGGAUGGUCUGCUAGGGAAGAGUUGCACCUGUUGGAUGCCAUCGAGCAGUAUGGCUUUGGCAAUUGGGAAGACAUCAGCAAACACAUAGAAACCCGUACCUCGGAAGAGGCCAAGGAUGAGUACGUUUCGAAGUUUCUUAACGGAACUGUUGGACGUCAUACAUGGUCGACGGCCAUCGAUCAACGGCCUCAGCUAACCGAUCAUACAUCAGAUGAUACGGGUCCUCUAGGGCAGUUGCUCGUCCAGAAGCUACCGCCAAUGGACUGUUCCAACGAAGAAGCGGCUGCACUCGGAUAUAUGCCAAACCGGGACGAUUUCGAGCGUGAAUACGAUCCGACAGCUGAGCAGCUAGUAUCCACACUGUCACUGCAACCGGAUGAUGAAGAUGUUGAUAUGCUGCUAAAACUAGCACAGGUCGAUAUCUACACCAGAAGACUGCGAGAACGAGCCCGACGGAAACGGGUCGUUCGAGACUAUCAGCUGAUAGCAAACUUCUUCCGUGGCAAUGCCAAGCGAGUGCGCAUGAGUCGCGACCAGCGAGAAUUCCGCGAAAGAUUGCGUACUUUUUCGCAGUUUUACACAUCGUUGGAAUUUGAACGUUUGAUAGCCUCACUGGAACGCGAACGUACACUGCGCAUACGACUGUCAGAGUUGAAUCGGUACCGCUGGAACGGACUUCAACGGAUGGAUGAAUGUGUUCACUUUGAACAGCAUGCAGCGGCCGCACAGCACCGCAAUACUGGGCCCUAUGGACACGGUCGGACGGACAACCGAAACAAAGGCGGCUCAUGCGAAACAAGCAAGGGAUCCUCGGCGUUGUCCAGCUCACAGAUAAGAAGAAGCGAAAGCGACGGCCGAAGCUUAAGUUCCACCGGCCAAAAGCUCACGCACCACACCGACGACCGGGUCUGCUCCGACGGCUCAUACAACAGCAGAAACUACUCGGAUAGCUCACGGGGAACGGAUCCAUCGAGGCACCAGCAGUCGAAUCUCCACAGCCAUCAUCAUCAGCUGCAGGUGCAGUCGCUUCCGGAUCCGGUGCAGCAACAGCCCGGCGUACAGCUACUCACGUCAAACGAGCUACAACUGUGCAACUCCCUCAACCUGCCGGUCACUCGGUACCUUAGCCUGAAAACGGUACUGCUUGGCCGGCCAUCGCUCGACCACGGGAUCAAUUCGGUGGCCGAGGGCAUAGUGAAGAAAUAUCUCAUCAAGUCGGGUUGGCUGCAAACGAGUCCUCAGAACUGAGGAAACCUCGAGUAGAUGUUAUCAAAUUGGCAUUGAUCUCAAAUUGAAGGUGAAUAUUUGUGAGCGUGUUCUGUGUAAUAUCGACAUUAAUAGAAGCUGAUCCAAAAUCAACUGCAUUAGUCAUAUUCUGCACGGAUAAUCAGCAUCAUUUUCCAGCAUUAUGCAUUCUACAGACAAUUCCUCACGAUGGAAUCCAAUAGGUAGCUACUGAUACUGCCUGUUCAAAGUAAAUAUUCAAGUUUAAUUAGCGAUCAAUUUAUACGUGUUAUUAACGGUAGAUGUAGACAUUAAUCAAUAUUGGAUACUAGGUGUUACUUGGAAAGAGUAUACCGUUUUCUGUCACAGUGUUCACCGACGCUAGCUGCGAGCUUGAUUGUGGCGGAAAGCUUAGUCUGUAUAUAUAGUCCAUUUAAUAA